AUGACACCUUUUAUUGGAGAAGAAGUAGCUAAUCUUAUUCGGUAUUGUGAUGAUAUACAAUCACUGGCAUUAGUUUCUAAGAAAUAUAAAGAAAAGAUUGAAUUACAUAAAGAAGAGAAUUAUUAUAACAAAGAAGUUUUUGAGGAUGAAAAUCUUGAAGUUCCUCCAACAACAAAAGUAGUUAGAAUAAAAUUUGGAAGUGGGUGGUAUGUAAGAGCAUUUACUACAUUAGCUAUUGGAAUUAAAGAUUUAAAAUUAGAAAAACUUAUUAUUGAAUUACAUACUCCUUUAUUAGUAUUUUUUGAUAAAUUACUUCAAUUUAUUCCUGAGAAUACUCCUAUAAUAUUAGAAGUUCAUGGAUUGGAUGAAGUAAUAGUGGAAAAGUAUGUAAUUAAUCCUCAAAUAAAAAUAGGUGGAUUUAAUUCCAAAAUUAAUGAAUCUCUUAUUCAAAAAAAGGCUUUUGUUUUACCAGAACGAAUUACAACACCAUCUGGUGUUACACGAACAUAUUUAUCAUUUGAAGCAUCUGUAUUUGAUUUUUAUUCAGCACAAUUAUGGAAAUUGUAUUUCCCAAUGAAUCUUAAAUUAAAAGCAAGUGGAGAACAUGACAAAAUAUUAAAGAUGAAAUCAUUCAUUUUUAAUUCUAUUCUUAUAACUGGUAAAUUAAAAACAAUUGACUUACAUGCAAAAAACAUUUCUAUUAUUCGUUCAUACGUUCCAGUUGAUAGUUGUGAAGAACUUGAAGUUGAACAACCAUUUGGAUUUCCUGAAUAUGUUGCUAAGAACAAAUUAAAGAAAUUAUAUAUUCAAUACUCAAAAAAUAUUACAACAAUUGACUUAAAGGCAGCAGAAUCAAUGAAUAUUGUUGAUAUAGUUUGUUGUGAUAACCUUAAAGAAAUUAAAGCAGAAAACGUUCUUCUUAUGAAGGUCAUUGAUUCUCCAUUGCAAAAUAUUCACUUAAAAACUGUUCAACAAUUAACAUUAUUUGGAGUAAAUAACGUUUCUGUUGAAGGGUCUAUUGAUGAUAUUCAAAGUGAUGGUAAGUGUUUUGUUAAUGGAACGUUAUCACAAACAAUAAAACCAAUACAAUCCAUAGAUAGAAAAUCAGUAAUGAUUAAAUUCCUUCCCAUUUACGUUGUUGUUUUAUUAAUAAUUCUUGGAGGUAUUAAAUUAAUAUUAGAGGUUCAUUGA